AUGUCAACAACACAAUCAAUAAAUGUUGAUAAACAAAAUUCUAUAUCAAUAAUUGAUAAUCAACAAAUUAAACAAAAUCAUAUAGAUAAAAUAAAAACAAUACAUUGGACACAACGAAUUAAAAAUUUUUUUAUUAUUAAUAAUAAUCGAAUAGCAUUAAUUAAUUUAUUAUUUACAUUAUUAUGUGUUAUUAUUCAACAUAUUAUGGGUACAUGUGAACAUUCAAUAAGUAAUGGUAAUACAAUUCUUAAAUGGUAUAUUUUUACUCCACCAUUUGGAGCUGGUCCACAUACAUCUGUUUAUUUUUUUGUUCUUUCAUGGAUAACUUUAAUUUAUUCUAUUCAAUAUAUUUGGUUUUAUUUAAUAACAAAUAUAUGUACAUCAAAAAAACGUAAUCUUAUUAUACAUGGUAUUAUUGUUAUUUUAUAUUUUAUUGCAUUUAGUUUUAAUAUUUGGGGUUAUAUUCUAUGUGAAAGUUCAAGUCAAAUAAAUUUAUCAAAAAAAUUUAUACCAGGUGUUUGUCGAGGAGAUAGUCAAACAUGUAUUCCACUUAUUGCUGGUAUUUUAACAUCAUUUGCAACUGCUUGUUCAUUUUUUUCUGAACAUAUAAUUGUUUUAAUGAAAUUAUUAAAAAAUCGUCAAGAAUCGAAUGAUUCAAUAUCAAAUCGAAUUUUACUUUAA